GAAGAAAGGAUAAGCAGGGAAAUGUAUGGAGAGGUCUUGUAGGUGCAACGGUGAAGAAGGUUCUAGAAAGAAAGAAUGAGUUAGUCUGGCUAAAGAAGGAGAAAAAAAAUAGGAGAACUGCUCUAGAGGCAUGGGAAGAUAACGGUGAGAGUGUAGGGAACGGUGUUUGCCCAAUGUUCCAGGACAUAAAUAACCCAACUCCUGCCCCCUGCUCUUCCAGCCAUGACCCAGGUGAUCUCACAGACACCCUUAUAUCUACACAGGAUGAAGAAUUGGAACAACCAGAAAUCCUACCUUUAAACAAUGAGUCACCACAACAAACAGUUGCCACAGAGAGCCCUAAAAUAACAUACACUCUUAUAUCUACACAGGAUGAUGCAUUGGAGCAACCAAAAAUCCUACCUUCAAACAAUGAGUCACCACCACAGACAGUGGUCACAGAGAGCCCUAAAAGAACAUACACCCUCCUAUCUAGACAAGAUGGCGCAUCAGAACAACCAAGAAUCAUACCUUCUUUCAAUGGGUCUCCACAACAGACAGUGGAUGAGGAGAUUCAAAAAACUACACGUACUGAUUCCCUAAGAUCACCUAUGAUCAACUCUGCAAAAAUCACAAAUGGGAGCAGCUUCCUUUGUAACUCCGAGAUUCCCAAUGGAUAUAAUCAUCAAACCAAAGGUCCUAAAAAGUCAUCUUCCCAAAAUCGUCUGGAGAAACAAACCAGCAAAGCAAGCAAUGAAGGUUCUCAGUCUCCCAGUCUACCGCCUGGUUAUGAAAAAGAUUGCUGUGUGCAUUGUACCUUAGCACUCCUGUUCUGUCAAUUCCUGUCUCUAUGUAACUUGUUACUGGAUGUCCUGACGUGUGGUUCCUGCUCUGCUGACUCUUCAGAAUUCUGCUGUUCAUGCUGUUCAAUAGAAGGAUGUCCGGACUGUAGCGGUUCCUGCGACACGGACUGCGGCAUUGUGGACGCAUGUUGUGAAUCUGCCGACUGCCUUGAAAUUUGCAUGGAGUGUUGUGGCCUCUGUUUUUCCAACUAAAAUGCAAAUACAGAACUGGGCCAACAAAGGGUUGCUUGAAGGCAACCUGUCCUAUAAACUUCCUUUUAUUUUAAACAGUAGAGCAGGUAGUCUGCCAUUUAUAAAUAACUAAGUAGAUGAUCUCAGCAAUUUAUAGCAUACAUACACCAUUAUCCUCCUUAAAACAGGUGAUACCUGUUUUAUUUAAUCAGUUUCUACUCAUGUUGAACCAAUUAUUUUUUUGGUAUAAAAUAAGUUAGAAAUAUUUGCGUGCCCGUUGGUUGUGUAAUUAAGAGCAAGGCUGCAUGCACACAAAUACAACUUGUCAAAAACAAAGAGAAGCCAGUUGUAUGCAGGUAAACCAUAGAGAGAAGCUGGGGUGGCGAAUAUGGUAAAUAUGAUGAAACAUUAGUUGUAAUGGAAGAGAUACCUGCAUCACUGAAGUUAAAGGAUUUUCAAGGAAAGGUCCUAGGUGGAUUAAUAGAUCUAUGGGCCAGGGGUAGGAUUUCUAGGAGCUACAAAACAAAGAAUAGUGGCAGCUGGUGACAUUUAGAGAUGGUGGGGCACUAAAAUCUACCCCUUGAAUUUGACUCUGUCCCUUGACUUGUUUGGGCUCUACCUUUUUUACUCCAUGUACUUCACCCCCUGAUCCCAUUACCCAAUGGCAGCCCUAGAAGACAAAACAGUAUGCAAGCCUGUGUUUUAUGGCAUACAGGAUCUAAUGGCCCAUGCAAAGCCAAUGGAUGAUCACAGAACUCCUGUACGAGCAGAGUCAGCAUAUCUGAGAGGGCUAUACCAAGAAAAUGGACAUUGAAAGAAAACACCCCAAAAAGAGUUUUUAGCAGCAUCUCCAGCCAUCAAUGAGAGGGAGAGAAUAACCCAGAGAGCUAAGCAUAGCAGACACAACAUGACUUUUUCUAACAUGUACUUAUCAUUAGCCCUUA